GUACUGUAUAUAACAGUAGCCGCACCAUUUUGACUGGUUUUUCGUGAACAGUAUAUCUGUACAUUGUUUAUGGUUCCACAAAUUUCAUUUUUUAUCAAUUUUUUUAUUAAAAAUAGGUCUCACGACACUAUUCACACAUUUAAAAAUUAUUUUGUUAUAAUGUUUUCAAUUUUCAAUUUUUAAUUUCAGUAAAAUAAAUUUUAUCCAAACAGACCCUAUAUAUAGACCAAAAUCACUUGCCCAGCUCCUCCGCAAUCGAAUGCUGAAACACAAGGCAACGUGCCCACCUCCAAUCUGCAUUAAUUUUUGUCAUACAAAGCUCAGUUUGUCCAAAAACCGCUUAUAGUAUCGUAUUAAUUAUAUUCGUGCAAAUAUGCAUCAUAUUCGAGUAACAAAGGAAGAAGAGCACGACAUUUUGGUGUCAGCUUUCAAGCACGUGAUCACCGAUGGGGUUGAUACUCACACCCCACAACAGCUUCAAAUACUAGAAGCACUCCAGGGUAGUAGUACUGCCGCAUCAUCAUUGCCUUCAACCAGUGAGGCCAGCAACACUAGGAAGAAGAAGAAGGAUGACAAUGAGAAGAGAUAUAGGGGAGUGAGGCAGAGGCCGUGGGGGAAAUGGGCGUCUGAGAUUCGAAACCCGAGGGAAGCGAAGCGGGUGUGGCUUGGCACCUUCAAGACCGCAGAGGAGGCUGCCAGGGCUUACGAUAAGGCUGCCAUCAAGUUCCGUGGACCUAGAGCCAAGCUUAAUUUCCCAUUGUCAGACUAUGAGGUUGAAAGAGAUGAUCAGCAUGAUGAACAAGCUCAGGAGGUUAAUCCAAAUGUUAAUGUGGAGAUGAUGGCAGAGAGUGAUACACAGAUUGUGAAAGACGUGGCAGAGAGCAGUGAUGAAGAGAACGAGCUUUUGGAUGGGAUUACCAUGAAGGAACUUGAACAAUGGAUGAUGGAUUGGCCUGACAACGCCAAUGACCCCACCCUGUAAUAGAGAAAAUAUACCUAGUUUUGAAUGUAUAUUUCCUUCCACUCAGCUCUGACUAGGCGCAGCUCUGACUAGGAGCAUGGGGUUGAUUUGAACCCUUGACCUGGCCCCAAAAAUAAAUAAAUAAACAUUAUUUAUAAA